UCGUUUUUUACGUUACCGGCAUUUCAGUAUCUUCGCCGGCCGGGUUUUUCGUCUCUAAGUCUACCUUGAAACCUCGUUCUAUUUAUCUUUUCAUUUAUAUACACUUGUUUACAACAUGCCUGGAUAUGCCGACAGAGAUCGCGGCAGGGACAGGGAUAGAGACAGAGGCUAUGGCGGCGGCCCUCCUCGAUUCGGUGGGAACCGCGGCGGCGGAGGAGGAGGGAAGUUCGGCAACCCCGGCGACCGACUGCGGAAGAAACACUGGAACCUGGACGAGCUGCCCAAGUUUGAGAAAAACUUUUAUCAGCAGCAUCCCGACGUUGCCAGGAGGUCUCCGCAAGAGGUCGAACAAUACAGAAGAACCAAAGUGAUUACAGUGAAGGGGAGGGAAUGUCCGAAUCCAAUCACAAAGUUUCACGAAGCCAGCUUCCCCUCUUAUGUGAUGGACGUGAUCAACAAACAAAACUGGACUGAACCAACUCCCAUCCAGGCUCAGGGCUGGCCUCUGGCUCUCAGUGGCCAGGACAUGGUGGGCAUCGCACAGACCGGCUCUGGCAAGACGCUUUCGUAUUUGCUGCCUGCUAUCGUGCACAUCAACCACCAACCUUUCUUGGAGCGUGGAGAUGGUCCAAUUUGUUUAGUGCUGGCGCCGACCCGUGAGCUGGCACAGCAGGUGCAACAGGUGUCCGCAGAGUACGGCAGAGCUUCUCGCCUCAAGUCGACCUGUAUCUACGGAGGAGCACCAAAGGGACCUCAGAUCCGUGACCUGGAAAGAGGUGUGGAGAUCUGCAUCGCCACCCCAGGCAGGCUCAUCGACUUCCUCGAGGCAGGAAAGACGAACCUUCGCCGCUGCACUUACCUCGUGCUGGACGAGGCCGACAGAAUGCUGGACAUGGGCUUCGAGCCACAGAUCCGGAAAAUUGUCGACCAGAUCAGGCCUGACCGACAGACUUUGAUGUGGAGCGCUACUUGGCCCAAAGAGGUUCGUCAGCUGGCAGAAGACUUCCUGAAGGAGUACGUCCAGAUCAAUGUUGGUGCGCUGCAGCUCAGCGCCAACCACAACAUCCUGCAGAUAGUGGAUGUUUGCAAUGAUGGAGAGAAGGAGAACAAGCUCAUCCGCCUGCUGGAGGAGAUCAUGAGCGAGAAGGAGAACAAGACCAUCAUCUUUGUGGAGACAAAGAGACGGUGCGAUGACCUGACAAGGAGGAUGAGGAGGGAUGGAUGGCCGGCCAUGGGUAUCCAUGGAGAUAAAAGCCAACAGGAAAGAGACUGGGUUCUCAAUGAGUUCAAAUAUGGAAAAGCUCCUAUUCUCAUCGCUACAGACGUUGCCUCCAGAGGUCUAGAUGUUGAAGACGUGAAAUUUGUCAUCAACUUUGACUACCCCAACAACUCUGAGGACUAUAUCCACCGCAUUGGCCGAACGGCUCGAAGCCAAAAGACGGGCACUGCCUAUACCUUCUUCACUCCGAACAACAUGAGGCAGGCGAGCGACCUCGUCUCUGUGCUGCGCGAGGCCAACCAGGCGAUCAAUCCCAAGCUCCUCCAGAUGGCAGAAGACAGAGGAGGUCGUUCAAGGGGAGGCAGAGGUGGUGAUUACGACCGUCGGGAUAGGUAUUCUGGCAGGCGCGACUUUGGUAGUUUUAGGGACAGGGAUAAUGGUAGAGGCUUUGACAAUGGACCAAGUAAGGCCUUCGGCUCAAACUCACAAAACGGAGGCUACGGGGGAAACAACAACAACGGCAGCAGCAACGGCUUCAGCGGCGCGAGCUACAACGGUAACGGACAGUCCAGCUUCGGCGGCCAAACGGGCGCCUUCGGAGGUCAGACCAACUUCCAGGCCCAACAGUUCGCCCCCAACAAGGGCGUCACGCAGAACGGCACAACUCACCCCCAGUUCCCCUUCCCACAGGCACAGGCUCCACAGCAGCACCCUCCGCUGGGGCAGUACCCCAUGCCUCCUCAGUUCUCUCAGUAAAAAAAAAAAACACACACACACACUUGAAAGAAGUAAUUUAUUGCUUUUUCUUUUGUCUUUUUAAGUUCUUCUACUUUUAUCCAGAUUAUUAUUAUUUUUUUUUUUUGUAUUUACAAAAACAGCAGGAUUACUCGACAACCUUUUAUCCGAACCUUUUUAAGAUCUGCAGUGCAGCAGUAGAGGCGUUGCACACUUUUUUUUUUUUUUUUUUUUUUCUUAUCACUAUUUAAUUUGUUACAUUCCUCAGUAGUUAAAAGUUUUGUACUAGGUAAUUACAACUGUAUUGGUUUUCAUGUGUAUCAUUGAAAGUGAUGUUAAGCUCCUACCGUGGACGUGCACUGCAUGAUCUUUCAAAAUAAACCCCACAAAAUAUAAAAAAAAAA